AGCAGGCCACGCCCUCGCAUCUCGAACUAAAACGAAAGCGACGAGACGUGAAGUAAGCAUCAGACAAGGUGAAGCUGGGACACACAGAGUCGAGUGGCGGCCCCAGCGCUGAAAGGAUCGGGAUUUGCAGCACAGUACGAAUCGGAGGAUGGCCGGUAGCUAAAGAAUGGAUGCUAUUUUAAGCAGACUUAAGGAGCUUUCUCCAGAUGAGCUUCGGGAGGAAAUCAUUGGAGCAGGACUGAAAUGUGGACCUAUUACAGCAACAACUCGCACAAUAUUUGAGAGGAAGCUAGCCCGAGCUCUCUUGGAAAACCAGGCUGAGAAAAAUGAGUGUAACAAGACUCCAGAGCCUGAAACAAACUGUUCAACAGAAACGGAUGGAAGUUCAUCCAAAGAGGACCAAUCAAAAACUCUUAGUUCCUCUUCUGUUCCGGUGGAUUCUUUUAGACAAAGGGUAGGCACCUCCUCUCAAAGUGAGGAUGGAGAUUUUGGCUACGAUGUUGGAUUGAAUCCUCCAGAAGAAGAUGCUUUAUUACAGAUGUGUGAGUCUGCAACGUCUGACAGUGGAGAGAUAUUCAUAUGUCAGACUCCUUCAAAAGGGCCACCAGCAUCACCACCUCUGUACUAUGGAGUCUGCCCAGUUUGGGAUGAUAUCUUGGCAAGAAACGACAGAGUACAUGUUUACACUGAUAAAAAAGAAGCUCUCCAGGCAGUGAAAACAAUGAAAGGGUCUAGGUUUAAAGCCUUUUCCAAUAGAGAUGAUGCUGAGAAGUUUGCUAAAGGCAUCUGUGAUUACUUCCCAUCUCCAAGCUCCUCUUCUUUGUCCAUCUCUCCUUUGAAAACAGGAAUGAGUUUUUCCAAAGAUGGCACAUCAUCCUUGGAUUCUGACACAGUCAACAGAGAAAGAGCCAACAGUUUUAAAAGCCCCCGAACACAAGACCUCACUGCUAAGCUGAGAAAGGCAGUGGAGAAAGGAGAUGAAGCCACCUUUAAAGAACUGAUCUGGAGUAAUCCACGCUAUUUGAUUGGCUCAGGAGAUAAUCCAACAGUUGUUCAGGAAGGAUGUCGUUACAAUGUCAUGCACGUAGCAGCCAAGGAGAACCAACCAGCUAUCUGCCAGCUUCUCCUGGAUACCCUGGAAAACCCAGAUUUUAUGCGCCUUAUGUACCCAGAUGACAGUGAACCUAUGCUGCAAAAACGCAUUUGUUACAUACUGGAUCUGUAUCUGAACACUCCUGACAAAGUGGGAUUUGAAACGCCUCUUCACUUCGCUUGCAAGUUUGGCCGUCCAGAUGUGGUGAAUGUAUUGUGUUCACAUCCGUACAUUGAAAAGCACUGCAAAAAUAAAUACGGCCAGGAGCCAGCAGACGUCAUCUGUGAAAGAAGUAAAAAUAAAUCUGAAGAGCUAAAAAGGAGGGUCAGAGAUUACUUAGAAGAUCGCUGCUAUGUACCUUUGCUGCGAGCUACUGACAACUCUUCACCAGCUGUUAUUGGGACUCCUUGGUCGCCUGACCCUCAGGAGACUGCAUUCAGUCCGUUCUCCCCUAGAAAUAUGGGCAGUCCAAAGGACCCUGUUAUGGCAGUGAGAGCAUUUGCAGGUCCCCUCAGUCCAUCAAAGGCAGAUGAGUUUAGAAAAAUAUGGAAAACUCCUCCUCGUGACCGUGCAGGUCACUUUCACCAUGUGAUGAAGUCUGAUCAUGAGAGAGGUGUGGAAAGAGUUGGAAGAGACUUGGCCCAUGAAAGAGGACUACCUUGGGCUGAAUUCUGGGAAUUUCUUGACUGCUUUAUUGACUUGGCUUCUUCUGAAGGCCUUCAAAAGAUGGAGGAAUAUUUAAGUAAAAAAGAUACAAGUGAACCCGUUAAGCAAGAAAUGGGAGAAAAUGAAACCAGCAAUAGGUUCAAGAGCCUGCUGGGCAGGCCAAAAAAAUCCAGCAACUCUAUAUCCGUUGGUGCAUUUCUGGAAGAGACUGAUGACAUGAGUCUCGAAGAAAUCAAAAACAGACAGAAUGCUGCCUUAACAAACAUUUCAUCAGUUUGUGCAAAAGACUGCUUUGGGGCAACAGGAGGUUUGGAAUGCCAUAUUCUUCCUGUUAACCACAGUACUGAUCUUAUAGAAGCUGCAGCUGAACAUGAAAAACACCAGCUAGAAAAAGAGAUGAUUUCCUCAAACAAAAAUGGUUUCUGCUCCCCUGUGGACAAUGAGCGGAUACAAAAUGGUGAACGGCCUUCUAGAAACCCAUCUGACAGCAGUUUGUCACCAAUAUCCAACUUAAUGGUGGAAUUUGAGAGACUGACCUUAGAGGAAUGUACUGAACAUGAACAGAAUCUGUCAGAAAAUGUAAAUGGUGGUAUAAAAAGUCCAGAGAUUAAAGGUAUUGGCUUAUCUGAGGUUAUUAGUGAGAUGAGUCACUUCGGACUUUCUGAAAAAGAGGAGAGUGUGUUUGCAAAAGUCAAUUUGAAGAGUAGUAGCUUCUGGAAAAAUUGUGAACCCAUGGAGAAUGAAAUGGAAGCAGAAGAUAAGUCCAGUACAAGCUCUGAGGAAUGGCUUACUGCAGAAGAGGACCUUGAGGUGCCCAAUGGGAGGACACGGAGUUCUUUGACCUCAGAGCUAGAUGGACCUAGACCUUUGUCUUGGGAUCAAGGGGGAAAAGAUUUAAACAGUUCAGGGUCUAGCAGCUCCUCUUAUAAAUCACUUGAAAACUCUCAAGAGGAGUUUCUGUUGAGAACUCCUCCAACAAUUAAAAAGAAAGGCCUUUUCAUUCAUGGUGACAGUCCAACAAAACUGGACAAUGAUGUACUUUUAGCCUUAGCAGAAGUAGAGAUUGAUAUGCAGAAAUAUCCAUCAUUGCACAAAUGGAAAAACACAGUUCUGUCAUAUACUACUUCUGACAUGCAAAGUUGGCCAAGCCCAGCCAUGCUCAAAAGAAGGUGUACACCUCAGCCAACUAAUACCAGCUCACCAUGCAGAAGUGGCCUUUUUUCUCCAAGCAGGUACAGCCCCGGAAUGUACAUGUCCUCUCCCGUUACAGGGACUGACCUGGGGGCAAGUCCAGGACUGUACAGCCCAGCACAUCCAAGCCACAUUCAGCUGCUGAGACUGAAACAUUUCAGUGAGCCAGUGCCAAGUUACCAGAUGAUAUGAGCAACUUGGAAAAGGAAAAUGGGGGUUUAAUGCACACUUGGACAUUACUGUUUAAGAAACAGUUCAACCAUUUAGAAAAUAUGCACAGCAGUGUUUUGUUUUUUUUUCAUUUAAAUAUUUUAACAGUGAACUUUUGUUUUGUCUUUCCCUGUUCAUGUCAUUUUACACACAGUGGGAUUGUACUGUAAGUCAAAUGCCAACAGAAAAAUGUAUUUCAUAAAUAAUUGUUGACAUAUUUCAAUAAAAUAUUGCUGUUGUGUA